ACAGGAGUGCAAAUGCAUGCCCAGCUGGACUGAGCAUGGUGAACUCAAGUCACCUUUAGGAAUGGCUGAAAAAGCCCACACCUGGAAAUCUCUCCCUCCCUGCCCCUCCACGGCAAGUUGCAUUUAGGAGACUCUCUGGUCAUUAGAGGAAUGAGCCGGGAGUGAGCAAUUCCCCAGCUCGCCAGCACUUGGUGGGAAGCAGCAGGCAAGGAUGGACGUGGUCGACAGCCUUCUUGUGAAUGGAAGCGACAUCACUCCUCCCUGUGAACUCGGGCUCGAAAAUGAGACACUUUUCUGCUUGGAUCAGCCCCAUCCUUCCAAGGAGUGGCAGCCGGCGGUGCAGAUUCUCCUCUACUCCUUGAUAUUCCUGCUCAGCGUGCUGGGAAACACGCUGGUCAUUACGGUGCUGAUUCGGAACAAGAGGAUGAGGACCGUCACCAACAUCUUCCUGCUCUCCCUGGCUGUCAGCGACCUCAUGCUCUGCCUCUUCUGCAUGCCUUUCAACCUGAUCCCCAACCUGCUCAAGGAUUUCAUCUUCGGAAGUGCUGUUUGCAAGACCACCACUUACUUCAUGGGCACUUCUGUGAGUGUAUCCACCUUUAAUCUGGUAGCCAUAUCUCUGGAAAGAUAUGGUGCAAUUUGCAAACCCUUACAGUCCCGAGUCUGGCAAACAAAAUCCCAUGCUUUAAAGGUGAUUGCUGCUACCUGGUGCCUCUCCUUUACCAUCAUGACUCCGUACCCCAUUUAUAGCAACUUGGUGCCUUUUACCAAAAAUAACAACCAGACCGCAAAUAUGUGCCGCUUUCUACUGCCAAAUGAUGUUAUGCAGCAGUCCUGGCACACGUUCCUGCUACUCAUUCUCUUUCUUAUUCCUGGAAUUGUCAUGAUGGUGGCAUAUGGAUUAAUCUCUUUGGAACUCUACCAAGGAAUAAAAUUUGAUGCUAGCCAGAAGAAAUCUGCUAAAGAAAGGAAACCGAGCAGCGGCAGCAGCGGCAGAUACGAGGACAGUGACGGGUGUUACGUGCAGAAGUCCCGGCCGCCGGGGAGGCUGGAGCUUCAGCAGCUGUCCACCAGCAGCAGCAGCAGGGUCGACCGCAUCAGGAGCAGCAGCUCCGCGGCCAACCUGCUGGCCAAGAAGCGCGUGAUCCGCAUGCUCAUCGUCAUCGUGGUCCUCUUCUUCCUGUGCUGGAUGCCCAUCUUCAGCGCCAACACCUGGCGGGCCUACGACACCGCCUCUGCCGAGCGCCGCCUCUCGGGGACCCCCAUCUCCUUCAUCCUCCUCCUGUCCUACACCUCCUCGUGCGUCAACCCCAUCAUCUACUGCUUCAUGAACAAACGCUUCCGCCUCGGCUUCAUGGCCACCUUCCCCUGCUGCCCCAAGCCUGGCGCCCCGGGGGCGAGAGGAGAGGCGGGAGAGGAGGAGGAGGGCAGGACCACGGGCGCCUCGCUGUCCAGGUACUCGUACAGCCCCAUGAGUGGCUCCGCGCUGCCCCCGUGAGCUGUCCCCGGGCCUCCACUACAGACCGAAGGCUGCGCGGGCUGGCGAGAAAGAAGAGGAGGAGGAAAAGAAGACGGAAGCGGAAGUGACGUCGGAAGGCUCCAUUUCCGGUGGGAACUACUUACCCUCUGCUUUUCAUCCUUUGUCCCGUUCAGGAAACGGAAGCAAUGCUAGGGUGGGGCCCUGACGUGGUUUCUGGGCAGUUUAAGGCAGGAAAUUUUCAAUGACAUUUACCAUCAG